GAACGAGUAUACACACCCUCUUCUCCUUCAGCUUGCUCGCCUCAUCACCCGAGCAUCAUGAGCUACAGCCCCAUCGUCCCUAUGCCCCAUGGACGUUAGCCGCUCCUUCGCGGUGUUUGAUCUCCCCAGCUCAGCAUUCAUCAGACCCAUGCUCUUCUUUUCACUUUCCUUUCUAGUACAACGGUCAAUACCUGGUUCUAGAUACACAACCUGGGGUCAGUGUUGGUGAACUGGGAUGGUGGCAUGCAGACGAUGUAUUCCCCCGGCACGCUGUUUUGGGCUAGGAGGGGGGUGCGAUUAAUUAGCUUCCAUGUUGGAUCAACAGCUGCAAGGCACUGCCUUGCAGCUGCUUGGAAUACAGGGGUUGAUAUAAGGUUGGGUUUAGGCAACGACAAUCACACGCUUGCGUGUGGUGCCCAUAACGAGCGAAUCGGAGAGCGUCUUAAGUUAUGGGUUCUUGACUGGUUGAUAAGGUACGCCGGGUAGUAGUGUGUUUCUUG